GGGAGACCAGAUAUAUGAAUGCAGGGUCCGGGGAGAGCGGAUAUAGUGAAUGCAGGGUCCGGGGAGACUGGAUAUAGUGAAUGCAGGGUCCGGGGAGACCAGAUAUAUGAAUGCAGGGUCCGGGGAGACUGGAUAUAGUGAAUGCUGGGUCUGGGGAGACCGGAUAUAUGAAUGCAGGGUUUGGGGAGACCGGAUAUAGUGAAUGCAGGGUCCUGGGGAGACCAGAUAUAGUGAAUGCAGGGUCCGGGGAGACCAGAUAUAGUGAAUGCAGGGUCCGGGGAGACCGGAUAUAGUGAAUUCAGGGGUCCGGGGAGACCGGAUAUAGUGAAUGCAGGGUCUGGAGAGACCGGAUAUAGUGAAUGCAGGGUCCGGGGAGACGGAUAUAGUGAAUUCAGGGUCCGGGGAGACCAGAUAUAGUGAAUGCAGGGUCCGGGGAGA